AUGGCCUCAACAGCACCACCUCGCCCUCGAGCAAGACCAGCUCACACCCAGGGCUCGACGCACUGCGCAUAUACACCCAACGGGUUGAAAUUGGUCACCGUGGGGUCAAAUAACACCAUCAGACUCUACAAGAUUGGCUCCAACGACGAACCGAUAAAUAUUGAUGAUUGCCAAGAACAAAAUAUCAGUGUGGACGCCACAGACGACUUCUUCGUCGUGGGAUCCGAAGAUGGCACUGUCAGCUUGUACUCGGUUCCGAAUGCUAGCUUCGAUAGAUUCUUAUGGCGAUGUCCCCUCCCGAUUCGCGAUGUCGCCCUCUCCCCAGAUUCGAAGUGGUGUGCCAUUGCCAGCGACGAGCUCACCGUUAAGUUGGUUCGCAUCGACGACAACACGCAGAUUCGCCACUUGAACGAGCACGGCAAGCCGACAAAACACCUGGCCUUCGAUACCAAGGGAAACACAGUGACGCUCGCGUGCACUGAUGGGGUUCUAUAUGUAUACUCUCUACUAUCAGAUCAACCAGAACUGAUCCGCAAGAUCGACGGUAUCAUUGGCGCGUUGGACAUAGAAUCCGACAUCAGCUCCAUGAUAGCCUGGCACCCUGACGGUAGGGCUUUCGCUGUACCUACUCCGACACGAGAUAUACAGGUUGUCUCCAAGAAUGAUUGGGAGAAGCAACGAACUUUCUCCAAAGGUCACAGUGGGGAUGUAACGGCUUUGGCCUGGUCACCGAACGGGGCAAUGCUGGCAUCUGCGGGCAAGGACAAGAAGAUUCUCCUCUGGGAAACGAAGACGCAGUCGGUGAUUGCGAGGUUGGAUUACGCGAAUGUCAUGCAAAUUUCGUGGCAUCCAACGGAAAACCUGGCAUCCUUCACCAACUCGGAUGGCGAGGUCUACAUUCAUCCAGACUUCGUUCCAGAGCAGUUCUCUCCACUGUUAAAACUGGGAAAGCAACCUGCGCCCUUCAUACAUGAUCCACUCCUGGAGGUAACCAACAACAUUAGGAGACCAGAUGUCAAUGGCGUCAAGCCGGGCGUUACCCGGGCGCAAAGAGAAGGCUCUGUUGAUAGCUUCGACUCGCUGCUAGACGGUCCAGUGGCUGAAGAUGACGACUUCGUUGUCGACGAUGAUGGCGCCGGAUACGUUUUGAAUGCCAAUGGCAAGCGGCCUCAUGCUGGCGACGAUAUUUCGGGUAACGCCGCAAGCAAGCGGCAACAUCUCGAUCCUCAGUAUCAUGAGGCUUUCCAACCGGGCUCGACUCCAUGGCGCGGCAACAGGAAAUAUCUCUGUUUGAACAUGAUUGGAUUCGUCUGGACAGUAGACCAAGAUGGCCACAACACCGUCACCGUCGAAUUUUAUGAUCACGAGUUCCACAGAGACUUCCACUUUACCGACACAUUCUUAUAUGACAAGGCCUGCUUGACGGAAAACGGGACGCUCUUCUCAUGCCCACCCAAGGAUGACACACCCGCCAUAGUCUUCUACCGACCCCACGAGACAUGGACGAACCGUGCAGAGUGGCGAACGCAAUUGCCGGAGGGUGAAGCUGUUCUUGCAAUGUCUCUUAGUGACUCGUUCGUCACUCUCACUACCACAGCUAACUACGCGAGGGUUUAUACUCUCUUCGGUAUCCCUUACAGAGUUUACCGCCCGAAGAGCACACCCAUGGUCACCUGCGCCAGCUGGAGAGACUACGUCUUGACGAUGGGCAACGGACCUAUAGGCGCGGAUGGCAACACCAGACUUCUGUAUACCAUCGAGAACGUCAAGCGGGAUGAGAUCUGCCAAAACGAGGAUACUGUAGCUCUUCCAGAAGGUGCCACGGUAAAAAGUGUCUUCUUCUCGGAUAUGGGGGACCCCUGUAUUUACGAUUCAACAGGCACGUUAUUGACGCUCCUGCACUGGCGCCAACCAUCGAGAGCUUCCUGGGUGCCUCUGCUCGACACCACGCUACUUCCCCGCCUAGCAUCAGGACGAAAGCACGAGUCCUACUUUCCGAUCGCCGUAGCGGACAACAAAUUCCACUGCAUCAUUCUCAAGGGCGGCGACCAGUAUCCGUACUUCCCACGGCCGCUUCUCUCCGAGUUCGAUUUUUCCGUCCCGCUGUCCUCGGAACCACCUAAAGCCAAAGCAGUAACCAGCGAAGACAAUGAAGACGGCAUGCCAGGGCCUGAAGACGACGAGUCCGAGACACGCAAGCUAGAACAGCAAUAUCUCCUCAAGGGCAUCGCAGCUGCGCAACUGCAAGAUCUGAUAGAGGCGACGAACAGCACAGCUUCAGAGCGUGUCGCGCUCUCUCGCCUUGAGCUUGAGAUCGACAAGACGCUAUUACAGUACCUGGCGGUUGAAUGCCGCGAGGGCGAGGACCGCGGCAUGCGGGCCCUGGAACUGGUGGAGCUCAUGCGCGACCGCUCGGGGAGAAUGUUGGAGGCGGCCGGCAAGGUGGCCGAGCGAUACGGCAGGAACCUUCUGGGGGAGAAAAUCCGCGAGGCUGCGGAGCGGAGGGUGGGUGAAAGCAAUGACUAUUAA